AAUUCUACAUAAAAUUAUAUAAAUCUUAUGACUGACAAAUACCAGGAAAAAAUGUGAAAAAUGAAAGGCUUUGAAAUCAGAUUUCUGUGUGUGUGCAAAAGAUAAAGAUUCGACGUCGUCGUGAACCCUGUGAUGAAAUAAUUGGGAAACUUUUUAACUUAAAAAAGGCCAUAAACAAAUAUUUUAAAAGUGUUGUAAUAAGAAUGAAAAGACUAUAAGAUUUUUGAAAGUAUCUAUUUCGCCCUUUAUGCCAACACGCCCCUUUGUAGAAUUUUUCUAUUCCUUUUUAAGUGCAAGAUUCGUUAGAUGUUUCUUUGUCGAGUAUCAAACACUCGUACAUAAAAGAGUAUGACAAUUUCUUCUGUGUGGAGUAAAUGUAACAAAGUGAUUAAUAGUUAUUAACAAAGUGUAAACACUGUACGAAAAAGAGAGAAAAUAAACUGUGUUAAUUGGCCGAAAAAAGAUAUUGUGGAAUUUUUUUCCCAGUUUACAUAUUAAUAAAACAACAACAACAAAAAAGCAGCAAAACACUUCUGCUACAAAGAGAAGCGCAAAGGUAAAAUCACUUCAAAAGAUAAUCUGCGAAAUUUUAUAGAAAAUGAAUAAAGAUGAUCUAAAUAAAAAUCUGAAUAAAACGACGGCUGCGCCAGCAAUAUCUAAAAGCAACCAUAAUAAUAAUAAUAAUAGCUCCGAAAUUGCACAACAACAACAACCAAAAUCUAAUGCAGUAGCAGCAAUUUCAGCAUCCAGUUCGAAAUCAAGGAAGAAUAAUAAUAGCCUUAAGUUGGCUGCAGCUACAGCAGUAGCUGCCACUAUAGCCACUAUAGCUACCAACAAUAACAAUAACGGCAAUAAUAGUAUACCUCAAAAUCCCCCGAGUAGUAGCAAAAGAUCUUCGAAGCAGGUCAAUACUACAGGCCGUCAAAAUCCUUCGAAUUCCUCUUUUUCAGCUUCCUCCGUUUCAAACGUCGUAGAUAAUCAACAGUUCAUAAAAACAACAACACAAGCAGCUGCCGAACUGGAUGCAACAGUUAUUCCUGCCGCGACACCCAUACCUGCUGUUACUUCGGACUUGGCAACAGCUAGAUUGAAAAAUAUCAAUAGUAAUAACAAAUCAAAGCUGAAUAAAAUUUGUAACAAUAACCAUACCCUGCUAUCAAACACCAAUUCCAACAAUUCCUGCUCUACUAAUAAUAUAGCAGCUAGCACUGCCCAUGGAAACAAAAUGUCCAAGUCAGCAACAACAGCGAUCACACCAUCUGUUAAUGCCAAAACUCCUGCUAAUGCCACCAGUUUGUCUGCAACUGCAACAACAACAACAACGGGAACUGCUACUACUGCUAGCACCCCAAAUUCCCCUAACGGGAAUGACGCGGUGGCUCCAGCGUCUUUGGCCGAUCCUCCAUCAAUCCCUUGUUCAGCGUCAACUGCAACCGCCACCGGUACAGUACCCGCCAUUACAAAUGGCAAUAAAACGAAUGCAAACGCGUCCAAUGCAGGCGGUGGCUCAACAAAAUCUUCGGCGAAAAAAUCGUCGUCCGCUGCGGCCGCCGCAGCAGCUGCUCUCGCAUUGCAACAACAAGUUGUGGCUGCCUCCUCAUCAGCUAAAUCCUCAAAUUCAUCAUUCACAAAGACUGGGUCAUCAAAAGAUGCCCAUUUAAAGUUCACUUCCGCCUUACCAUUGCUUGUUGGAUCAGCAGCUACUCUAGCAGCUCCAUUGGCAGCAGCAGCCGCUGCUGCCGGUUCUAGUGCCGGCGCUCAAGCAGCAGCUGUUGCAGCAGCUGCGCUGAAGCAAAAGCUUAAGAAUGCAGCCGCUGCUAGUUCAGCUGCUGCUGCUGUUGCUGGCAAUUCCCGCUCCAAUUCAACGUCGACAUCUUCAAAUUCAUCAUCACUCUCCUCGUCAGUGGGUAUAGUAAAUGCCAUCUCUAAUGCUCUGCAGAACAUCAUUACGAGUGAUAAUUCAGAUACCGACACCGAACUAUAUCCGCCUCCAGUCACCGAUCUCUCGGAAUCAGAUGAGGAAUCUGUCUCAGAAAUCCUUUUGGCAUGCUUGUGUCUAAGGCCAGAUUUAUUGGAUGAUAUACCUGAAUCAGAUCCCGACUCUUGCGGUCACGAUGCCGAAGGGCAUGAGGACGAAGAUGACGGCGACGAUGAGGACGAGGACGAGGAAGACGAAGAGGACGAAGAAGAUGAAGAUGACGAGAAUGAAGACGAUGAGGACGACGACGAUGACGAUGAAGAGGACGAAGAGGAAGAAAUCGACGAUGAAGAUGAGGAAGAAGAAAUACAAGAUCCUAAUGAAGUGAGUGGUGAUUUCUUGCUCGAUGUUAACAAUGAUCGUAGCCGUAAUCUUAAUGCCCUCUUCGAAGCUGCUGCCAAUGAAAAAGCUCCGGUUUUGCGCCACGCUACCCAUGCUAUAGAUGAAACUAAGCAGGCUUUAACUAAGAUGCGCGGUGCCAGCAGUGAUAAAACUAUGUUCUCUCGCACUCUGAUUGCUGCCUGCAAUGACAAUGAUGUCAAUACGGUUCGCAGUUUAUUGGGAAAAGGCAAUGUUAAUAUUAAUGAAUCUAUAGACGAUGGCGACUCUUUAUUGUCCAUGGCGUGUUCGGCUGGAUAUUAUGAAUUAGCUCAGGUCCUCUUGGCCAUGUCGGCUGCCCAAGUCGAAGAUAAGGGACAAAAAGAUCGCACACCUUUAAUGGAGGCAGCUUCGGCCGGUCAUUUAGAGAUUGUUAAACUUCUACUUAGCCAUAAUGCCGAUGUGAAUGCGCACUGUGCCACUGGCAAUACACCUUUAAUGUUUGCUUGUACUGGCGGUCAUGUAGAGGUAGUUAAAGAGCUGCUCAAACAUGGAGCUAACGUAGAAGAGCAAAAUGAAAAUGGUCACACCCCCCUAAUGGAAGCAGCUGCUGCCGGCCAUGUCGACGUAGCUAAGGUUCUCUUGGAACAUGGUGCUGGCAUUAACACUCAUUCAAAUGAAUUUAAGGAGAGUGCGUUGACGUUGGCUUGCUAUAAAGGUCAUUUGAACAUGGUCCGUUUUUUGUUGCAAGCCGGUGCUGAUCAAGAGCAUAAAACUGACGAAAUGCAUACUGCUUUAAUGGAGGCGUCUAUGGAUGGCCACGUAGAAGUUGCCCGACUUUUGCUCGAUUCGGGGGCCCAAGUGAAUAUGCCAACUGAUUCAUUCGAAUCACCUCUUACUUUGGCUGCUUGUGGCGGUCAUGUGGAGUUAGCUACUCUAUUGAUUGAACGUGGCGCUAAUAUUGAGGAAGUUAAUGAUGAAGGUUAUACACCGUUAAUGGAAGCUGCCCGCGAAGGACAUGUUGAAGUGGUGGCAUUAUUACUGAGUAAAGGAGCCAACAUUAAUGCUACUACGGAAGAAACUCAAGAAACAGCUUUAACCUUGGCUUGCUGCGGUGGUUUUAGCGAAGUGGCCGAAUAUUUGAUAAAGCACGGCGCAAAUUUAGAACUCGGUGCAUCUACACCGUUAAUGGAAGCGGCACAAGAAGGCCAUACCGAUUUAGUUAGAUUUCUAUUGGAGAAUAAAGCUAAUGUGCACGCCGAGACGCAAACGGGUGACACCGCCUUAACGCAUGCCUGCGAAAAUGGUCAUACCGAUGCUGCCGAAGUUCUUCUUAGUUACGGAGCCGAAUUGGAACAUGAAUCGGAAGGUGGUCGCACUCCACUUAUGAAAGCAUGUCGUGCUGGUCAUCUGUGUACUGUAAAAUUUCUUAUUCAAAAGGGCGCUGAUGUCAAUAAGCAAACCAGCAGCAAUGACCAUACUCCCUUAUCGUUAGCAUGUGCCGGUGGCCAUCAAGCCGUGGUAGAAUACCUUUUAAAGAGCGGAGCCGAUCCUUUCCAUAAACUUAAAGACAACAGCACGAUGUUAAUCGAAGCAGCCAAGGGUGGACACACUCGCGUCGUUGAAUUGCUCUUCAAGUAUCCGCACUUUAUACAAAACCACCAAAAUGAAUUGCAAUCAGCGGCCGCUGCUGCAGCAGCUGCGAAUGCAGCCAAUGCGGCAGGUAUGAACAAUUCGACGGGCACCAAUGCUGCCGCGACCAAUCAAUUACACCUCAUCAAUCUUCAACAGCAAAAGCAAUUGCAGCAACAGCACAAGCAAUUGCAACAGCAAUUGCAAUUACAGCUGCAACAGUUAAGUGCUCCGCCUGGUCUUCACGAAGUAUCAGAAGCUGUAAGGGCGUCCAAUCAGCAAAUAUUUCAUCAACAGCAAUUCACUACGAAUCAGAACACUCUAACUGCCGGAAAUGAAUAUCUAGAUGAGCAACUACAAUUGGCGGCUGCUGCAGUCAGUAAUGACGUUAACAGUCAAGGUUGUGGUGAAGAAUACGCAGCUAUUGACAUCAAUUCAUUAAGCGCGCAGCAACAAGAGGCUUUGAUUGCCAAAUCACGCUUAUUUCAUCUGCAGGCGGGUUUCGGUAAUGCUGGCAGUAAUAUAGAGCAACAGCAACAGAUGGCUCAGCAGCUCAAUAAUCAAACCACACAAUCACGAAAACAUUUUGAUUUGGAAAUGUCCCAUAUUUUACCGCUGACACCUCCACAAAAAGCGCCACCAGCACCUCCGAUCUUAGCAGCCUCUACACAGCCACCACAACAGCAAUCCCAGCCGCAACAGCAGACAUCUCAACAACAGCAGCCGCAGCUAAAAAUAAAAGGAGCUCAGCGAAAGAGUCGUCAACAGCCGCCGGCACCGUUUGAAGUUAAUUUGCCCACUGCCAAUGCUGAACAACAGCAACAACAACAAUUGCAAUUUCAACAACAGCAGCAGCAGCAGCAGCAGCAGCAGCAGCAACAACAACAACAACAACAACAACAACAGGUACAAUUCUCCUUCUUCAAUGAUGAGGCCCGUUUUACGAGGCGUCGAUUUUUCAGAGAAGAUUAUCGUAAGAUGUUAUCAGAAAAACAAAAUGUUCCGCCGAGUUUGGUGCCUGUUUCCUACUUGGAGUUGGCUGCUCCUGCUCCAGGCUCAUCUGUAGGUAAUUCUGGGGAUGGAGCCGAAAAUAAUCUGGCAAUGAACCAAAACUUAUUAUCAGUGGCUCCAGGUGUUGCCGAUGCUAGCGAUAUGCAACACAUGCUGGUCGCUAGUGGACCAAUACCUCAAAAUAUUGCUCCAACUCAAGCUAUGGUGAUGCAAGAACUUUUUGACGCUAAUAACAGUCAAACCUUAACCUUGGCACCAACCACUUUGCCACCAGGUACUCAAUUUGUUCUGGGGCAGCCCACGGCACAACAAUUACAACAACAGCAACAGCAACAGCAAUCGCAACAACAGCUAUCGCAACAGCAACAACCCACACAAAGGAUGGUUAUGAAAAGCAACCAAAAAAGCGGUGGAAUCACAAAUGCGUCUGAAGUAUCCCAGAGUACUGCAAUUAGUGAUCGACCUAAGGCUAAACCAGUGUCAAAGAAGGAUGGCAAAAUGUUGCGUAAAUCCAGUACACAAGCAUCAGUUCUGGCUCUACAGCAGCAGCAGCAGCAGCAGCAGCAGCAACAACAACAACAACAACAACAGCAACUUCAACAACAACAACAACAGCCAGUAUUUCGACAAAAUCAGAUGGUGUCCAUUUACAACAAUUUGCCUAUGUUGAUUACGAACGAUGCCACUCCUACUUUGCAAGCUCAGCAAGCGAUCAUGAAUCAUAUGGUAUUUGCCGCCCAACAACAACAACAACAACAACAGCAACAAAUUGCUUUAGAUGUUAACAGUUCUAAUAAUGUGAAUGGCGGCGUGAUUGCUUUGAGUAAUUCCCCAGCAUCACCUUUGGCUUCGCCAUCCUCGGGAGCAAGUGCUGUGUUUAAUACUCAACAGCAACAGGAAUAUCAGCAACUAAUGGAAAUUGGUUCGAAUAUGGAAAGCGAACAACAGCAAUUACAAAGUCAAGCUGUCCAAGAAUUGCAAGAGGCCUUGGGGCAAGCGGUUUUAGAUCCAAAAUUAGCCAUAGCAACCAACAAUACUUCUACGACAGAUUCUUUAAAUGCUCUAAGUAAGACUAACGCUGCUGCUGCUGCAGCUGCAGUAGCUAAAGCUUGUGGUCUCAAUCCAGCUGAACAGCAAGAAUGUCUAAAAAAAUUGCAAGAAGGCUGGCAAAUUGUAGAUUUACGUCAGCGCAUUUCCCAUAAGCAACCUAAAUCGCCCGUUGAAACGCCACCUGAUAAGCAACAGCUUCUGAUGGAAGCUGUUUUAAACGCGAACGAGCUAUUGGAGAGUGUGGAUGGAUGUGAAGUAAAUUCUGAAAUGAAAAAUUUGGCUACUUUAUGCACAGCGGCUGCAGCAGCCGCUGCCGUUAGUGUACCUUCGGAAGAUUUCAAACCGGAUUUGUCGCAAGGUUUGGAUUCGGAAUCGCUGAAGAAAGAUUCUGAAGGUGACAUUGAGGAUCGCGUUGAUAGUCACCUAAUUCUGGAAGAUCGAGACACAACUACCACUGAGGACGUAGUUGAAGGCAGCGAAGAGACUGCUCCGGAUGAAGAUACCAAUCCCGAAGCAGACCAACAAUUUGAAGAUGUUACCGCUACCACAACAACUACCACACCCAACGAAGAAAACACCGAAUGCGACUUGAACUCACCUUCGAAAAAUAUUAAACUUUCACAACGCCUUGAGAGUUUAAUGUCCACCGUACCCCUUAAACCCGAUGAUCUAUCGCAAGCUUUCCAGGACUUGCGUCAUGAAAUUAGUACGGAUGUUUUGACAGUGUUCCCGCAGAACGUGAAUGUUAAAUAUACCGGAAGUCAAGCUUUGAGUAAUGCCUUGCAACAACAUUUCGCUCAACACGCCAUUGGUUCAAAUUCAAAGGAGGUGGGUAGCGAAGUUACGAAUAUAGUUUGCUCAGAUUUAAUUGAAACUGCCGAAGCUACGGCUGCAUCACCUGAUCCUGACCUUAUAUACCCCGCUUCUAUGGAUACUGAAACCCUUAAGCAAUUUGCUAAUGCGGCUAAUGCUGCACCUGCCUCACAAGCUGGCCCGGUCGCAGCAGUGGCAGCUGGUGACAAUGAAGAAGCUAUACGUGAAGAAAUGUACGACAUAGAAGUGGAAAUGGAUGAAUUUUUCCAUGUCAUUCAUAAUGUCCACGACCCGGCCUUACAGGAAUUUGCUAACAAUUUAAAUUGCGGGGAUUUGGCCGAUUUUGGUAUUAAUUCCAUUUGUAAGACUCGUUGGAAUGGUAAUUGGGCAUUAACGCCAAAAUGGUCCAAUCAAGAUCAUUUGAUGAACAACGCCGCAGUUGCAUCUCAUCAACAGCAACCUCAACAGGCAAUAUUGGCAGUUAAUGAAGCAGAGCAGCAACAGCAACAGCAACACCAGGCACAGCAGCAGCAACAACAACAACAACAACAGCAACCCGAUCAACAACGGCAAGGCAAUUCCUUAUUCUUGGAUUAUCAGUUCUCCCAAUUAUUGCAUCAAGCCAUUACUGAAGUUGAUGAACGAUGCAGGCGUGAAAGAAUGCAGAAAUAUCUCACAGACGAAGCAAUCCAACAGCAAGAACCCCAGCAACAACAACAAUUACAGCAAAAUGUACCUCCUACAAGCAACAAUCAAAGUGCUGUUGCCGUAUCUGACUAUCAGUUGCAGCAGCAACAACACCAACAGCAACUUGAACUAGAUCAAGAACUUAAACAACAUAUACAUCAACUGCAGCAACAGCAACAAUCUAAUGUGAGGCUUUUGAAAGCAGUAGCAGCAGCUGCUGCUGGUCAACAACAACAGCAGCAACAAGAUAUAAACAGCCAACAGGGUACUGCGGUUAGCGCAGCAGCUGCGGCACCUACAAAUUUCGUUUUUAACGUUGAUGGUAGUAGUGGUGUUGGGACUGCUGUAGCUGACAAAUCUUCGCAAUCUCUGCAAUUGUUCAUACCUCUGCCACCCACAGUACAGCAGCAGCAGCAGCAGCAGCAGCAGCAGGACGGUGAAACAAAUGCUAUGGUGGCUGCUACAGCUCAGCAGCUACAACACUUAAAAUUGCAUCAUCAAGAAUUGCAAGAUCAACAAAAACAACAACAACAACAGCUUAAAUUAUUGCAACAACAAGAGCAGCAGAUACUACAAGAUUUGUCUCAACAAACAACUGAAGGUUUAAUGCAACAGCAACAACAGCAACAACUGCAGCUACAACAGCCGCAGCAGUCAGCCGGUUUGGGUACAUUGCAUGAUAAUAUGUUGUUACAGCAGCAGGAAACAGCAUUGGCUCACCAGGUUCUCAACCAGCAAGUUUUAAAACAAAAACAACAACAAUUAUUGAUGCAACAGCAGCAGCAGCAACAACAACAACAACAUCAACAGCAACAACAGCAAUCAACACAGGUACAAGUUGCCACACAAACGCAGCCAUCUGUAGUUAUACCACAUCCUAAUGCGGUUCAGGUACAAACAGCACGAGGCGUUAAUCAAUUUUGUUCGACGCUCUCCACUAUGGCUGCCACUGAUGUGGGUUUGGGUAGCGUGUGUGCUUUAACGCCCCAACAGCAACAACAACAACAACAACAGCAGCAGCAACAAUUGCAGCAAUCUCAAUCUCAACAGCAGAUGGCUGUAGCUGCAGCUCAUGCUGCCGCUGCUGCUGCUCAACAGCAACAGCAACAUCAACUCGUCAUACCAGCACCAUUAAGUUCAGCUUUAACUGCCGUGGCAGCAAAUACUUCCGUAUUGCCACAAGCAUCUACCAGCAGUGGUAGUGGAUCAGGUAAAAUGCCUGGCGGUAUAGCCAAGAAAGUCAUUGACAAACAAUCGCGCAAAGAAAGAAAUCGUUAUUCUUUAUUGAAACCAUCUGUUGCUGGUAGUCAAGCUAACGCCGCUGCCCAACAGCAAUAUCAGCAGGCAGUUGCGGCAAGUACUGCUCUAGAUAAAACCAUUGAUGUGGACUCGGAAACGGAUUCUAAUCAUGAUACCGCUCUCACACUAGCUUGCGCCGGUGGCCAUGAAGAACUUGUGGAAUUGUUAAUAAAUCGAGGCGCAAACAUAGAACAUCGUGAUAAAAAAGGUUUUACCCCAUUGAUACUGGCUGCCACCGCUGGGCAUGAGAAAGUGGUUGAUAUCUUGCUAAAGCAUGGAGCAGAUUUGGAGGCUCAAUCUGAACGCACCAAAGAUACGCCAUUAUCUCUCGCCUGCUCUGGAGGUCGCUACGAGGUGGUUGAACUUUUACUAAGCGUGGGAGCUAACAAAGAACACCGAAAUGUUUCCGAUUACACACCAUUAAGUUUAGCUGCUAGUGGUGGUUACGUAAACAUCAUAAAAUUGCUUUUGAGUAAUGGUGCGGAAAUUAACUCUCGAACUGGUAGCAAACUGGGUAUUUCGCCACUUAUGUUGGCUGCUAUGAAUGGGCAUACGGCUGCUGUUAAAUUACUCCUGGAUCAGGGUUCUGAUAUUAAUGCUCAAAUCGAAACUAAUCGUAAUACUGCCUUGACUUUAGCUUGCUUUCAAGGUCGCCACGAAGUCGUUAGUUUGCUAUUGGAUCGGAAAGCUAAUGUUGAACAUCGGGCUAAAACGGGGUUAACUCCACUAAUGGAGGCGGCCUCAGGUGGUUACAUAGAAGUGGGUCGGGUUUUGUUAGAUAAAGGUGCCGACGUCAAUGCCGCUCCGGUACCUACGUCUAGAGAUACAGCGCUGACAAUAGCUGCCGAUAAAGGUCAUUUGAAAUUUGUUGAGCUUUUGCUUCUGCGCGGCGCUGCCGUCGAAGUAAAAAACAAGAAAGGCAAUUCCCCCUUGUGGUUGGCUGCCCACGGCGGUCAUUUAAGCGUUGUCGAAAUCUUAUAUGGACACAAUGCAGACAUAGACUCUCAGGAUAAUCGUCGUGUCUCCUGCCUUAUGGCCGCAUUCCGUAAAGGUCAUACCAAAGUGGUUAAAUGGAUGGUUCAAUAUGUUACUCAAUUUCCUUCUGAUCAAGAGAUGCAUCGUUUUUUGAGCACUAUCAGUGAUAAAGAGUUGUCCGAGAAAUGUUAUGAUUGUAUGAAAAUAAUCAGAGCUGCGAAAGAGGCCCAAGCUGUUAAGGCUAAUAAAAAUGCUUCUAUCCUCCUGGAAGAAUUGGAUAUGGAAAGAACACGAGAAGAAACCCGCCGUGCUGCGGCAGCUCGUCGCCGUGAACGUAAGAAAAAGAAAAAAAUGGAAAAAAAGGAGGAGAAACGUCGCCAAAUGGAAGAAGCUUCAGGAAGCAUCCAUGGAAAUGAUCCGGACAAUGAUAAAGACUCCGACAAGGAAGAAGAUAGCGACCACGAGGAAAACAAUAUCGGCGAAGACGAUGAUGAUCAACCGAUUCCACAAAUUUAUCGCGAAGAAGGCGAUUCGGGGAUUGACCAGGGUUCAUGUUCUAGUACCGAUAUGAAAGCUAACGGUAUUAACAGCAAUUCCGUCGCUGAGAAGUCAAUUGGAGUUGGAGCUAAAAGCAAACCGAAGAAAAAGAAACAACUAGUAACGCGUAACAGCAGCCCUGUGGUAGAAGAGAAUCUAAAUUUAUCUAGCAGAUCAUCCGGCCAAAACAAGCAGGCCAAUGCUAAAAAAGAUGAACAGCCCGCCGUUAGCAAAUCGUCAGGAAGUUCUAAAAGAAACCAAGAAGCAAAUGCUCAAAGCAAUACAUUGCAAUCAAGAGCUCAUCCCACUCCCAACAAUGCAACUACGAAAAAGCUUGAGCCACAUAACAGAAAAGAUGAUUUGGUGGCACUCCCUAAUACUAACAAUACAAUUUUUUUUGCGCCACCAGCUGUGACAAGUACCAACGGGAAAAAGAAGGAUUUAAGUAGACAACGUGAGAAAGAGAAUCUUGCACCAAAAGAAACAUCUGCUAAUACCGCCUCGUCUCAACUUUCUCACAACAGUACCCAUCAACAUAAACCACAACAACAGCAGCAACAAUCAAAGCUUGAUUCGGCCUGCGGUGGUGGAAAUCGUAAAUCAUUGGUUUUUUCAGCCACUAAGAAUCCGGAAGAUUCAACUAAAAAAGAAACAACGGAUCAUUCCAACACUGCAGUCUUGUCUGCCGCAAAAACAACUUUGCCGUCAAAGCGCAGUGAGAAUGGUUGGAAAGAAGUCGUGCGCAAAAGCUCAACGCAACAGGGUAGUUCGACUGCCGCCAGUUCAUCCUCUUCAACGGCUACUUCUAAUACGAAUCCAAUUUCUACAUCGACAUCAUCUGGUUUAGGAGUGUCAACCACAUCUACGGUCACCUCUACUAUGCCAGAAAUGACUUGUAAAAAAGUGCAGGUACCAGUGAAUGCUAUUUCACGUGUCAUUGGCAGAGCUGGCAGCAAUAUAAAUGCAAUACGCGCCACCACAGGAGCUCAUAUCGAGGUCGAGAAGCAAGGAAAAAAUCAGUCAGAACGCAGCAUUACUAUUAAAGGACUCACUGAGGCCACAAAGCAGGCUCAUAUGCUAAUAUUGGCUCUUAUCAAAGAUCCUGAUGUUGAUAUUCUUCAAAUGUUGCCUCGCAUUAAUACCAGCAUUAAAGCGUCCACAGUGCCCGCAGCUUCGUCUUGCUACUCGUCGGCUUCCACGAUGACCGUAGGAAUGUGGGAUAAUAAAACUGCAUUGGCCGUCACUUCAAAUUCUGGACAAGGCAAUAUGUCUUCAGGAUCUUCUACCGCUUCGUCCGUCUCUUCGACAACAGGCACUAUUACACACCAAAGUACUUCUUUGGGAGGUACCGGCUCUAAAAGUGGUGCCUUACCCAAUUCCAAGUCUUCGUCUAAGAGUCAGGGCACACCCAAUGCAUGCCCAAAACCACAAACUGGGCGAACUCAACCUAAUAAACCUUUCUAUUCCCAGCAAUCUUUGCCGACAAGUCGCGGAGCAGUAUCUUCCAACAAUAAUGGUUCUAAACAUAAAGAGGUGUCGGGCGGGACAAAAUCUCUUCAGAACACUUCGAUAUCCAGUACAUAUAUUAGUACUGGAACUCAGAAAUUAGGUUUGGGAUCCAAGCAAGCCGCUAAUAUAAAUUACGGCGGGGUGGUAAAUACGCAAACAUUUGCUGCCAAGUUACUGACAGGCGGAUCGUCCACAGGCACUGGUGGUAAUAAUAAUUUGUCACCAAAAAAAAGUGACUUGCUUGGUGGAACACGUCCUGGUAUUACAGCUCCUUAUGGAAGAGGUAAACCUAUGCCAAGUUCAUCGAUACCACCUCUGGGUGGAGCUAACACUUCAAACGCUUUGGCAGGUCCUAUUGGUACAUUUAAUGUGGCGGAAGCAGCGGCAGCAGUGGCUGCGGCUAAUGCUGCGGCAGCAGCCGCCGCUGCAGCCAGUGCAGCUAAUAGCAUUGCAAGCAGUUCCGCUCAGCAUGCACGUUCCGUCACACCAAUUGGACCGCCCAACAAGCAAAGAUCUUCGACGCCAAUUGGCAAUAAUAUGACAACACAACAACAAUCACCUAACACGCAAGCCGGCAAUGCAAGUCAACAAUGCGCACAUUUAUCUAAUUGCAAUUUACAAAGGCAAUCAAAUCAGUUACAACAACAGACACAACAAUCGCAAUCAAAUUUACACAUGAAUACUACAAGCAUCCAGGAAAAUAGUGCAGUUUCAUCUGCAGCGCCAAUGCCUUCAAGUGGCAAUUUUGGAGCUCAAUUAGCAGCCAAGAUAAGUAGUGAAUACACUCUAUUCAAUGAUUACCAUCAGUCUCAAUGGGGUUCAACUGAUAAUUCACAAAUUUAUAACAAUCAAAGUGCUUUAGUAAACGAUAAUUUACCACAAGCGGAUGCUUCUAAAGCCCCAGGAUACAACCGAAAUAUAUUAAGUUCUCCAGUAGGUAGUUCAAAAGCCUCCUCGAGUCAUUCGACUUCUCCACCUGGCGUUAUAUCUUCUUUGGUAGUACCAACUCAACAGACUUUAGCCAUUUUACCCGAAAGUGGUAUAGGCCCCGUCGGAACUAUACCGGCAGGAGCUCGGUCUCCGGGUUCUGCACUUGUUGCUGGUACGUCAGCCGUUGAGCAAAGUACAGCCCCAACAUCUAUUACCAGCUCCAACAGUAGCAACGUUUCCCAACCUUCCUCAGUUGCAGAAGCUGUGUCGCCUGGAGUCAUUAAACCACCAGCUCCAAUAGGACAGCCAUCCACCAGUGCUAGCCAAACUUCCUCAUCCGCAGCACCGCCAAGUGGUUAUACAGUGGCUAUACAGAGACCAGCAAGCAGCCAACAUCGUGCAAAUAAUACCUCAAAUACUGGACCAGCUACUUCAUCUGCUCUCAGUGAUGUACAAACCGCAACUCUUAACUUUGGACCUAUAGGAUCAGGUACGAAUAGCCGUGUGAAUGGUCCACCAGGAGCUAUUGGCGAACAACCUUCGGUAAAUCGUUACUACGAUCAUUCACAAAUGAAUGCAGCUGCAAAUGCGCAUCAAAUGAACUUUCCAAUGGAUCCAAGCCUAGUACAUCAGGGCUUUGGAGCAACGGUUUCGCGUUUAAAUCCCCGGGCCUCUGUAUUUGGUCAACCGACAAAUACCAAUAAGGUGCAACAACCGCUUCCAGCAGUUCAACCAACUAUAAGUUCAGGAAUUUUUCAUCAACAGCCCAACCAACAACAGCAACAACAACAAGCUCCACAACCACCCCAACAACAGAGCGGAGGAGUUAACUCAGUGUCUAACUUUAAUGCCGCCCCUGGAAAACCUUUACCAUCAACAACUGGCUUAGCACCGGCACGUCCUCAAUCACAACCGCAGGUCGGACAAAGCCAACGAUGGUAUGGAGGUGACUAUUCAACUGCUUAUAUACCGCCAAAUGCACGAGACAUUCUUAACCUAGAAAAUGGCAAUGGUGGCACAAACACUCCGGCUGCUAUGUCACCCAAUCAAAGUAAUGCUGUAUCUGUACCUAAUGCUGGCAGCAGCGGGCUCUUGCAAACUCCUCCACAGAUGAAUCAGCCGCAGCAACAGCAAACAGAUGACAUGCGAAAAAUUCCUCGGCCUAUUGGCACUGAACGUGCGUCGUGGAAGUAUAACAAUUAUCCGAACAUGGGAAACAUGGGAAUGAAUGUUGGGGGAAAUGUUGGCACAGCAGUUGGCUUAGCUACAAUGGAUGAUACUCUGGCUGCGAUGGCCGCAGUUGCUGCGGGUAUGCCUGGUGGGCCUGGGGGUCCAAUGCCUCCAUGGAUGCUGGGCGCUGAUAAACAACAAGCAGCCGCCGCUCAACAACAGCAGCAGCAGCACUCCAACUGGAUGAAACAACAGUAUCGCUAUUAUGGUGGCGGAGGCUUAGGCGUGAAUCCAGCUGAAUACCACCACCAGCAAGAUCAGUUCCAUAUGGCUUUGGAUUAUCAUAACACAAUGCCACCUCCAAACCUUAAUCAAAGUCAGCCUAUGAAUUUAAUACCAACGUUUCCGUAUCCACAUUUUGUGGGUCAUGUCGGAGGUGCUGAGAUGUCACACAUGCCGGACAAGGUUGAACUGUGGGAUCACCACGAUAAGCAUAGUUGGGCAAGCAAUUGGUCAAAUUGAUGAUGUGGUAGUGGUGGCAGUGUCGGUAUUAAAAAGCAGUCAACGAAUAUUAAUUUACUAAAUAGCAAAUCCAGUACUAUCGCAACAACAAUAAAAACUUCGGAUUAUAUGUCACCAUUAACGCCAUCUACACUUUCUAUUAAGUAGUAUGCAUGCACGAUGAAGAUGAUGAUUACGAUGAUGAUAAUCGAUCAUUCGUUCAGCUACAGAAUCAAUUGUUUGUACAACAUUUACGUAAACUCCACAUACAAACAAACAAGCAUAUUUAAAAAAUAUAAACUUUGUUUCGAAUUAAGUGAAAAACCAACAAACACAAUAG